CCGCGCCGUGCCGGCCGCUGAGAGUGAAGAGAGUGGUGUGUUGUGGAUGAUAUCUUUGGGAAUUUACUAGUUCUUUUUGUUUACUGUAAACCUACGGCCAAGUGGAUAAAGACCGUCUCAGAAUGGACAACAAAAGUUACGUCCCAGAUAACAUCCCUGCAGAUCUCGACAAGAGUUGGCACAUCCCCAGACCCACACUAGCUCGUAGCUCGAAAAGUUCGCAAGGUUCUACUUCUAGUAAUAAUAGUACACAGAGUGCAAAAUCAGGGUCGCUGUUACUCACAGCUGCAAAUUUGGCUCAGAUCCAUCAUCAAGAGUCAGCAAGCGAAGAUGCAAUUAGCACAAGAAACCAAAACAUACAAUACUACCUCCAACAGACAGGCAAUGAUGAUCUCCUAGUACUACCAACGAUUAAUACAAAGAAGCCAGAACCUGACAACGUAUCGAUAGCGAGUUCCAUGCAUUUCACAGUCGUCAAUGUGAACACGAGGCAGAAACCUCCACAGAGAAGUUUCUGUAGAAAACACCAGUUAACCAUUUUAGUCCUUUCUAUGUCUGCCUUAUUCACAAUAGGAAUACUGACUGCAAUUUUUCUAUUAGAAAUGAGAGCCAAAAACCAAAGGUACUGAUCGUUGUUAAUUAUAGGAAUACAACUAAAUGUACCACAGGAGGCAUUAACUAUACCCUAAAUAGGAAAUAUUAUUUAUAAAUUUAUUUAAUUAGCUUAUUAUAAUUAAGGCAAUCAAUACAAAUUGGACCAAAAUUGAGGUUGUUCUUAGUGUUAAGACUAUUUGUAAUUAUUUUAAUUUUAUAUGUACUGUGAUAUGUAAACAAUCAUUAUGUAUAGUAUUUAUGUAUUUUUAUGAUUUCUGUGGUCC